CCACAGCCUACAUCCGACUAUCGGCCCUUGAGCUAAGGUAAUUUUGUAAGAUAGUUUGGAGCCAAGGAGUAUGCACAUACCAUAUGCACAUACCAUAAAAUUGUUGAUAUUGAAACUAUUACUCACUCACUUCACUACCCUUUUGUCUACUACAAAACUUCCUUUCUCUUCUUGACAGGAAACCUUUUCUUUUACAUCAAAGGGAUUUACAUAUACGAAUUCAAGAUGUGUGGUAUUUUUGCUUGUCAUUGGUAUGUACAAUCUCUACAAUUGGAAAUGAAUUUCUUAUGAUAGUGGGGGCCCCGCGAUUUGAUGGAUUAUGAGAAUUGACAAAUUUAUAGUCACCCAGAUAUUAAGGCUUUUAAGCCUACGGCCUUGCGAAUGGCGAAGCAGUGAGUACCCCGAUAUAAAGAGAGGAAUUGAAAACAGAGAACUGAUUCUAAAAAUGUAGAGUUCGUCAUCGUGGACCAGAUUGGAGUGAGUCACCUUUGUUGAAAGGGAUAUUUGGACGCGAGACUAAUGACACUUAGGCGGAAACGUUAUCUCCAACAACACAAGUAGGUUGAGUCCUGGGCAAUUGCUCCCAUAGGCAAUUUAGCUGAUCAAUCGACUGCAGUUCUUGCGCAUGAGCGUUUGAGUAUCGUGGGUGUUGGUAAGUUCUCACCGCUGAAAUCUGGAUCCAAAUUCAUGAACUCACAAUAGAUUAGACAGUGGAGCGCAACCAAUUACCAACGCAGACGACACUCUUGUCCUCGCAGUCAAUGGCGAAAUUUAUAACCACAGACUCAUCCGUAAAGGACUCAAGAACCAAUACCACUUCAAGACACAUUCCGAUUGCGAAGUCAUAAUACCACUGGUGAGGAAUUCGAAAAGGGAAGUUGGAACCGUGACUGAAUAUUUGUUAGUAUAUGGAAUAUGAUAUCGAUGCGCCAAAACAUUUGGACGGAAUGUUCUCGUUUGUUUUAUACGACAAGAAGCAAGAUCGCACAAUUGCCGCACGCGACCCAAUUGGCAUUACCAGUUUUUAUCAAGGAUGGUCGAGCAAAACACCAGGAGCUGUAUACUUUGCUUCCGAGUUGAAAUGUUUACACCCUGUUUGCGACAAGAUCAUCGCUUUUCCCCCAGGCCACAUUUAUGACUCGAAAACCGACAAGACAACCAGAUAUUUCGAGCCAUCUUGGUGGGACCCUACCAACGUCCCAUCAACCCCAAUUGAUUAUAAGCUUUUAAGGGAGACACUCGAGAUGUCUGUUCGUAAGCGUCUCAUGGCCGAAGUACCUUACGGAGUACUGUUGUCUGGAGGCCUCGACUCGAGUUUGGUUGCUGCCAUCGCUCAAAGAGAGUCUCUGCGCCUGAAAGCGGCUGCGCUAGCUGCAAUUGAGAACGGAAAUGGAACCGCGACACCAACUGCAAACGAGGACCAAGGAGAAGGACUUGUUGGUAUUGACGACGAGAACAAACUGUCGACUCUCACUUAUCUUCCUCAACUUAACUCCUUCUCAAUUGGUCUACCAAACUCUCCUGAUACCAAGGCUGCCAAAGAAGUUGCCAAGUUUCUUGGUACUAAACAUCAUGAUAUGACAUUCACCAUCGAUGAUGGUUUGAACGCACUCUCUGAUGUUAUUUACCACUUGGAGACCUAUGAUGUAACGACCAUUCGUGCAUCCACUCCUAUGUUCCUUCUAUCAAGAAAGAUUAAGGCCAUGGGUGUCAAGAUGGUAUUGAGUGGAGAGGGCAGUGACGAGAUUUUCGGAGGUUACCUUUACUUCCACGCUGCACCAGAUAAGGCUGCUCUCCACGAAGAAACUGUCCGCAGAAUCAAGAACUUACAUUUGUCUGAUUGCUUGAGAGCCAACAAAUCGACCUCCGCUUGGGGAUUGGAGGCUCGUGUUCCUUUCCUUGACAAGGAAUUCCUCGAAGUAUCCAUGAACAUCGAUCCACAAGAGAAGAUGAUCACCAAGGAUCGUCUUGAGAAAUAUAUUCUUCGAAAGGCUUUUGACACAUCAGAUGAUCCGAACGAGAAACCAUACCUGCCAAAACACAUCCUUUACAGACAAAAGGAGCAAUUUAGUGAUGGUGUCGGUUACGGCUGGAUCGAUGCUCUCAAGGAUAACGCCGAGCUUCACGUUACCGAUGAGAUGAUGAAAAACCCCAAACCGGAAUGGGGUUCUGAUAUUCCAGAUACCAAGGAAGCGUAAGUGUUCAAUUCUAAUGAUGAAAAUUGAAAUACUGACGGAAGAAAUAGUUACUGGUACCGAACAAUGUUCGAUGAACACUUCCCACCAUCCUGUGCAGAGAGUGUUAUGCGAUGGACUCCAACUUGGUCUAAACAGACAGACCCUAGCGGAAGAGCUAUUGCCAUCCAUAACGAAAAGUAUGAUGAGUAAUUGUAAUGUAAAGAUUUGCUCCUCAGAGGGUCGUAUCUAUUGGAAUGUUGAAAGGUUCAUGACCACAUAUUCAUCGAGGAUCUUUCGGACUCCAGAGCUGGCUACCGCUAAACAAAAUGAUCGAUGCGUUAGAUAGAAAGAUGAAACCAUUUGAUAAACGGAUAGUUGAUUUUCCAUGAAAUUCAUCUUAUGCUUUCACGGUUGGCGUGUGUUUGAGGACAUUAAUUUGU